AUGCCAGCCGGCUCGGUCGGGAUGAUCGGCAUCUUAUUCAUAACAUUCGGUUUCUGGACAUUGGUACUGUGGAAAAUGGGAAAUGCCUAUUACGGGUUUAGAGAUUAUAGGAGGAGAGCGCAGAGUACCGGAUUUCCGGUGAUUGAAAGUCCACAGAUUACGGCGAGGAAAAAUGAUUUCGUUAAGCCGGUGAGGAAUUAUAAGGUUAUGGAUAUUUUUGGGCGGAGUAUCUUGACAACGGAGGGGGAGGAAUGGAGGAGACAUAAGAGGAUUGUGGGGAAGAGUUUUGGGGAGAGGAGUAUGGGGUUGGUUUGGGGGGAGAGUGUUAGGCAGACGAUGGGAAUGGUGGGGGUUUGGGGAAGGAGGAAUGGAGGCGGUGGAGAGGUGGGAGGGGAAGGUGGGGAUGGAGGGGGAUUGAGGGUGGCUGAUGCGGGGAAUGAUACGGCAAUUUUGAGUUUGCAUGUUAUUUGUGCAGCGGGAUUUGGAGUGCGAGAGUUGUGGGAAGAGGAGGAGAGUGCAGAUGGGGGAGAAAAGGAAGGAAAUGGGAAUGGGAAUGGGACGCCAGAUUUGGGAUUGAAUAGACCUGUUGGUGAUCACACGAUGGGGUUUAAGGAUUGUCUGAAUUCUGUUUUGAGCAGUCUGAUCCUGAUUAUUCUAUGGCCACAAUGGGUCUUGAAAUAUUCCCCCAUAAAACAUCAUAGAGAAGUGUACAAAGCAUUGCGAGAGACAACUCAAUACCUGACCGAAUUACUCGAGCACAAAAAGAAACAGAUGGCUGCUGGAGAACAUGAUAAAGUGACCAUGGAUCUAAUGGGAAACAUGCUCAAAGCAUCCUCCGAAUCGCCCAUAGACAUAGACAUAGACAACGAAACCCAACACACCACCUCCGACCCCCUCACAGAAACCGAGAUUAAAUCCAAUGCCUUCAUAUUCUUACUCGCCGGCCACGAAACAACCGCGUCAUCCAUCCACCUCUGUUUUAUCUAUCUCGCGCUAUCACUCUCCUCUCAGUAUUCCAUGCAACACGACAUUGACUCCAUUGUUGGCUCCAAACCCCCGCACGAAUGGACAUAUAUGCGUGAUUUUUCACGCUUGUAUAAUAGUAUGGUGGGGGCUGUACUUAAUGAGGAAUUGAGAUUAAUGCCGGUUGCAGAGACGAUACCCAAGGUUGCGGUUGGGGAUCAGUGGGUUGUGGUGGAUGGGAAGGAGAUGCUUGUUCCGGGAGGCUGUUUUGUCCAUUUGAAUACGGUGGGCGUGAAUAGGAAUCCGAGGUAUUGGCCGCAUGAGGUGGUGGAGGGUGGGGGGACGGAUUUGGAUGGGUUUGUGCCGGAGAGGUGGGUCGUGGCUAAGGGUGAGGAGAGGAAUGUUGACGAGGGGGACGGUGAGCAUGAGAAGGUACUUGGUAAGGUUAUAACAGGCGAUGAAAUAUCCGACUCGUACGAAGAUUCAUCUUCAACAACACUGUUUAAACCGGUCAAAGGAGCAUUCCUAUCCUUUAGCGAGGGACCACGCGCUUGUCCGGGGAAGAAAUUCGCUCAAGUGGAAAUCACGGCUGUGUUGACCACUAUAUUUCAGAAGUAUAGUGUGGAAUUGGAUGUAGCGAGAUGGGCGAGUGAUGAAGAGGUUGAGCGGAUGGAUGAGGAGGGGAGAAGAACGGUUUAUGGGAAGGCGGUGAGGGAAACGUGGGGCGUUUUGAGGAGAUGUAAUCAGGCGCAGAUAGUUUUGAAGAUGGCGAGUGAGGAUAGAGUGCCGUUGAGGUUUGUGGAGAGGGGGAGGGGGAGGGAGAGGUUUAAAGGGUGUGUUUGA